AUGUCGGGUGAGGACGGCCCGGGGGCGGGCCCGGGGGCAGCAGCGGCAGCAGCCCGCGAGCGGCGGCAGGAACAGCUGCGGCAGUGGGGGGCGCGGGCGGGCGCGGAGCCGGGCCCCGGGGAGCGGCGCGUCCGCACCGUGCGUUUCGAGCGCGCUGCCGAGUUCCUGGCGGCCUGCGCGUGCGGCGACCUGGACGAGGCGCGCCUGAUGCUGCGCGCGGCGGACCCCGGCCCCGACGCCGAGCUCGACCCCUCCGCCCCGCCACCCGCCCGCGCCGUACUCGACUCCACCAACGCCGACGGUAUCAGCGCCCUGCAUCAGGCCUGCAUCGAUGAGAACCUGGAGGUGGUGCGCUUUCUGGUGGAGCAGGGCGCCACGGUGAACCAGGCGGACAACGAGGGCUGGACUCCCCUGCAUGUGGCCGCCUCCUGUGGCUACCUGGACAUCGCCAGGUACCUCCUGAGCCACGGGGCCAACAUUGCCGCUGUCAACAGUGAUGGGGACCUGCCCCUGGACCUGGCCGAGUCCGACGCCAUGGAGGGCCUCCUGAAGGCCGAGAUCGCCCGCCGAGGUGUGGAUGUGGAGGCAGCCAAACGCGCCGAAGAGGAAUUGCUACUUCACGACACCAGGUGCUGGCUGAAUGGGGGCGCCAUGCCCGAGGCUCGGCACCCCCGCACGGGGGCCUCUGCUCUGCAUGUGGCCGCUGCUAAGGGCUACAUUGAAGUGAUGAGGCUGCUCCUCCAGGCGGGCUAUGACCCCGAGCUCCGGGAUGGGGACGGCUGGACCCCCCUGCACGCGGCGGCCCACUGGGGCGUGGAGGAUGCCUGCCGCCUGCUGGCCGAGCACGGCGGGGGCAUGGACUCGCUGACCCAUGCCGGGCAGCGUCCCUGUGACCUGGCUGACGAGGAGGUGCUGAGCCUGUUGGAGGAGCUGGCCCAGAAGCAGGAGGAUCUGCGGAACCAGAAGGCAGCCUCCCAGACGCGAGGCCAGGAGCCCCAGGUGCCCUCCAGCAGCAAACACCGAAGGAGCUCCGUGUGUCGUUUGAGCAGCCGAGAGAAGAUCUCCCUCCAGGACUUGUCCAAGGAGCGCCGGCCUGGUGGGGCAGGGGGGCCCCCCAUCCAGGACGAUGAUGAGAAAGAGGAAGGCCCCACAGAGCCACCUCCUGCGGAAACCAGAGCCCUCAAUGGAGUUUCCUCCCCGCCACCUUCUAGGCCUAAGGGCCCUGAGACCCCUGAGGAGACCCCCUUCUCUAGGCGCUUUGGCCUGCGGAAGACAGGGAGCUCUGGUGCCCUGGGGCCUGCAGACAGGUCGGGGGCUGAGGGUGCCUCUGGGACUGGGCUGCAGCGCUCAGCUUCCUCCUCACGCCUGGAAGGGACCUCUGCUCAGGCCAAGGAGCCCCGUCUUGCCAGAAUUACCCCCACCCCUUCUCGGAAGGUGCCAGAGCCCUCUGUCCUGUGUGAGGGCUCCCGGCCUCCUCCCUUGGAUAGCUCCGCCCCUUCCUCCAGGAUUCCAGAACCUGGAUCCCCAGGGAAACUAACUGUCCCUGCAGCCUCUGCAGCGCCCACAGCGGACUCCCGGGACCGCCGGAGGUCCUACCAGAUGCCUGUGCGCGAUGAGGAGUCUGAAUCCCAGCGGAAAGCUCGCUCUCGCCUCAUGCGCCAGUCUCGGAGGUCCACGCAGGGUGUGACUCUGACAGACCUGAAGGAGGCAGAGAAGGUGGCGGGGAAGGCCCCAGAGCCAGAGAAGUCGUGCCCACAGAGCCUGGACCCCUCCCGGCAGCCCCGAGCCCCUGGGGUUGAGAACUCGGACGGCCCUACCCAGAGAGUAGAGGCGCCUGACGGGCAGGGUCAGGGACCACCGGCCGCCGGGGAGCACCGCAGAGUCGGCAGGGAGCGGAGAGGGCCUGCGGAGGGCGAGGAGGCGGAACCUGUGGACAUCAGCCCAGAGUCCAGGACGGCCCAGGCCGGCCCUUCGUCCCGCAGGCGGCGGGACCUCAAGCCAGAACCCCAGCCCGAAGCUGAAGAGCCCGACGGAGGCUUCAGGAAGCUCUACGCAGAGCUGCGCAGUGAAAACGAGAGACUUCGCGAGGCCCUGACGGAGACCACACUGCGGCUGGCGCAGCUCAAGGUGGAGCUGGAGCGCACCACGCAGAGGCAGGAGCGCUUCGCUGAGAGGCCGGCCCUUCUGGAGCUGGAGAGAUUCGAGCGCAGGGCACUGGAGAGAAAGGCCGCUGAGCUGGAAGAGGAGCUGAAGGCCCUGUCCGACCUCCGGGCGGACAAUCAGCGACUCAAGGAUGAGAAUGCAGCCCUGAUCCGCGUCAUCAGCAAACUCUCCAAGUGACUCCGGAGGACUUGCCCCCGCACCCGCAUUUAUACAGCUGCUUCUGCCACACGCACCCCUUCCCCCGCGUGAACACGAGUGACAGGGCUCCUGGGGGAGUCUCUGAGAAGCCAUAAGCUCCCCUUGGGACCUCCAGACUGGGAGGGGAAGACAGAGUCCCCAGGAGCCAAGGGGGGCCGUCCGAGGCCGGGAUGGAGGCGGGAGGCCGAGCCAGGUAGGGGGUCGUCGCCAAAGGGGAGCCAGGGCUGGAGGCGGGACCAUGAAGGAACCGAGGACCAGGAAGCACCAGGACCAGUAGCCAGGACCAGAGUGGCCGCCCGGAGGUCCCCUCUCACGUGUGAUGCCACCCAGUCACCCCUCCCGCUCCUGAACAGGGAUCCGAGAAUGUGCCAAGUGUCCUGCCGGCCUCGGCCGGGUGGGCCUGUAUAUAGGGUCCGUGUGCAAUAGGGAGGGACGUCUUCUAUUUUUUGCUGCCCCCUCCCCGACACUGUCUGGGGCAGGGGGAGAAGGUAUUUUCGAGACAAAGCACAGGCACCACCAAUAAAAGUCGUGAAGUUGCCACUCCGUGACUGUCCCUGGCUGGAAGUGGGGCCCUGCUCCUGUGCUCGGCUGUGGGUGUCAGCAUCCACGCCGCAGGAACGUGCGGGUGGCGUGCUGAUGGCGGUGGGUGCGCGCACUCAGUGGGGGAAA